UGUACGUGAUGACGAAACCAGAAGGCCCGAGCGUGGUGCGUAACGUAACAUUCCAUUCAGAGAGAAGAGAGAAAGAUGGCGUCCUCGAACAAUCCCCGCAAAUUUAGCGAAAAAAUCGCGUUGCAUACCCAAAAACAGGCGGAAGAGACUGCGGCAUUUGAGGAGGUCAUGAAAGACUUGAAUAUCACCAGAGCUGCACGGUUGCAGUUAAAGAAGACCCAGUAUUUGCAACUAGGGCAGAAUCGUGGACAGUACUAUGGAGGCUCACUGCCCAAUGUCAAUCAGAUUGGAAAUGGCAACAUUGACCUGCCUUUUCAGAAUUCUGUGCUGGACACCAGCCGCACAACCAGGCACCACGGUUUGGUGGAUCGGGUUUACCGUGACAGAAAUCGCAUCACCUCUCCCCACCGACGACCUCUUUCCGUUGACAAACAUGGACGUCAAAUCGACAGCUGCCCCUACAGCUCUGUUUACCUCUCUCCACCACCAGAUACAAGCUGGAGAAGGACAAAUUCAGACUCUGCCUUACACCAGACCGCCAUGAAUCCAAAAUCUCAAGAGGUGUUUGGUGGUGGAUCACAGGAGCUUCAGCCUAAAAGAGUGCCUGGGACGGAGAGCUUGGAGACCAAUGCAGACAACGAUGCACAGGAACAGCUGUGGGAUGAAAAGAAGGGGGAUUCACCAAACCACAAGACAUGUGAUGUCCCAGGAAUCAAUAUUUUCCCAUCACCAGACCAGGACGUGAACCCUGCGGUUCUCCCUGCUGCGCACAACACAGGAGGUUCAUUGCCUGAUCUCACCAACAUCCAGUUCCCUCCCCCGCUCUCCACCCCUCUGGACCCCGAAGACACAGUUGCCUUCCCGUCCCUCAACUCGUCCACCAGCACAGGCAGCCUGACCACCAACCUCACUCAUCUAGGCAUCAGUGCAGCCAGUCAUGGUAUCAACUACAGGGUCCCUUCUUCCUCUCAGCCCCCCAUGACUGUAACUGAACACUGCCGUCAGCCUCCAGUGGUGCCACUUACACUAACCACUGACCUCCAUCUUCAGAAGUCGACUCAGCAGUUGUCGCCCACCCUCUCCUCACCUAUCACCCAGAUAUUUCCACCAGAACAGCAAACCCUGGAACAACAGCUUUCCCAGUUCCCUCUUUUCAACCAUCUGACACCUCAGGCCCAGGCUCAGUUGCUCAGCGACCUGCAGAAGCAACCACCACAGGGUAUCCAGCUCAUCACCCUGCCUGCUCUUACCUCCACUGGUACAGUGACCGCCAGUGCCAACAGCCCAUCCCCGGAUAGCCAGACCUCAGCCAGCAUCAGCUCGUAUCGUAAUCAGACUGGCUCACCAGCCACUCAGUCUCCAACCUCCCCAGUCUCCAAUCAAGGCUUCUCCCCUGGCGGCUCACCUCAACACAUUCCUGUAGUGGGCAGCAUAUUUGGCGACUCGUUCUACGAUCAGCAGGUGGCAUCAAGGCAAACUAAUGCUCUGUCUCACCAGUUGGAGCAAUUCAACAUGAUUGAGAACCCCAUAAGUUCUACCAGCCUGUACACGCAGUGCUCCACCCUCAACUAUACUCAAGCCGCGAUGAUGGGUCUUAGCGGCGGCAGCCUACAAGACUCACAGCAGCUUGGCUACAGUAACCAUGGCAACAUUCCCAACAUAAUCCUAACAGUUACAGGUGAGUCCCCACCAAGCCUCUCCAAAGAGCUCACCAAUUCGUUGGCGGGCGUCGGCGACGUCAGCUUUGACGCAGACUCUCAGUUCCCGCUGGAUGAGCUAAAGAUUGACCCCCUGACCCUGGACGGUCUGCACAUGCUCAACGACCCCGACAUGGUGCUCGCCGAUCCCGCCACCGAGGACACAUUCAGGAUGGACAGACUGUGACGUGACACGCGGACUGACUGACUGGCGGUGAGCAACAAGAAGCAAAACACUCUUAACUUGUGAAUGGAGAACGAGAGACAAAAGGGCAGGGUUGACCCCCCUUCCCUCGUUGCAUGGCCACCCGGCGGUCCGACCUCGCCCUCGACUCCGUAAAAGCCCUUUGACACAAUGAUGCGCCACCAAAAGACAGCAGCGAAAAGGACGUCCUGUGGCUUCCGGGAAAUGGCCUUGCUGUCCUUUUUAAGAGAUUGGUUGCUCAGCGCUUUCGCUAGCACAGCUGUGUUUACAGUGUUCCAUUAAAUGCCACCUAUAUUCCGAAGACGCACACAUUUUCCUCUUCAUAUUCACUUAAAUUAUUUUAUUUUAAUCUAUAUUUGCUUGUAGUAGCAGGAAGCUGCAGAGACAUUGAACUAAACCAUACGUAUCAUACUGGCAAUCUUAAAAGGAAAAAAAAAAGCUGUUGGUUUUCUUGCCUGUAUCUAACGAAUCGGGUAUUCAACAGCUAUCACUCUCAAAGCUUUAUUUUUGACAACCAAAUGUUUUUUUUUUUUUUUGUCUUUUUUUAAGAUCAUGCACUGUGUGUUUUGAUUCUGUUUUUAAAUGUUAUUUAUUUGUAUGAAUAUUUUUUCAUUCAGUUUCAUACAUCCGAUGCCAAAAUGCCCUCGGUAGGCAUAGUGUAAGAUUGCACUGAUGUAAUGUUUAUUUAUGAAUUUUGAACAUAUUUUAAUCUGUGUUGAAGCUACUUGUCAAAUGGAGUGGAAAACCUCCCCAUAGUUGCUCUUCAGUGUUUAAUGUGCCAUUUUGGUUGCUGUAGCCCAAAAGUGACGGUCAAAUCAUCUUACGUUGUGCCGAAAAACACGCAGGGUUGUUUUAGAUCAGGUAUUAUCACGCAACUGGAAAACGAUUAAUUUUCUGACAAAAGAAAAGCCAACAGACUGGUCUUUCAGAGAAGGAAGCUGUCUGUUUUUAAAGCGGCGAACUCUCAAAUCGGAACUCUUUCAAGUCGUCACUGUGAAAAUCACCUGAUUUUGCCUUACAUGAGUAUUCUACUGUUAAAUGUCUGUGACAUUUUCGUAACUUCUUGUAACAUUUUCCUGUAUUUGACUGAGGCCUCUGUUUUGGUCAGUGCUAUUUGUGAUUAUGUUGUGUAAGGUCUGACAAAUCAAUGUACUGUAUUUUGUAGCGGUACACUUUAUAGUCCAAUUCUUGGUGUUUUAUAAAGAGGGUGAAGAUUAAAAAAAAAUAGGGAUAAAUUGUGAGGACGGCAAAUAUGGGGAGGCUUUUUGCUCCUUAAAAGGGAAGCUCUAACAAAAACCCUGCUCGUGACCACGCGAGGCAGGCUGCCCCUCCCGAUGGGCGUUUUCAUACCAAUGUGCAAUUCCUACAAAAUAUUUAUAUUACAGUACCUCUUUUGAGAGUUUCCUCAACAUAGGAAACUGAAAGGUGAGCAUAAAUUGUUUCUUAGAAACAUUUAGUAUAUUUAGAUGUAUGAUAUGCCAUUUUUCACAGGACCGAUCUCUAUGUUGUAAACAACAGGGAUGGUCACUAAAUCGAUCAGGGAUACAGUAGAAUUAAUAACUGUUUACGAUGUUCCAAUUCAUGUUUACAAAGAGUUUAUCUAUCUACGGUCACAACAGCUCGCUCUACUUCCAGAUUCAGCAGAAAACGACCCUGGUGGCCUUUUGUCAGAGUUUCCCUGAGAGUUGUUUACUGCGCAGUGUGAUCUUGUUUGGUAUAUUUACGCAUUUGUGUACGUACAGACAUGCUGAUCAUUUGUCGUCGUUGCUCCACCCCUUGGGAUGAGGUCUCAGCUCCAGGAUCGCGCGGGGGGGGGGUCCUUGCAGUCUUUAUACUGUCGAGCGUGUAUCUGCUGUACUUUGAAUGGGUGUAUGGUUCAAUUCCUAUGCAAGCGAGACGAAAACAUGACGCUUAAAGGAAAACGCCAUCUUAGGGUUCCCCCGUGCUGUCGGGCACAUGUCGGUAGAUUAAAUUACUGAAAUUGACCUGUUACGGUACAGUGCGGAGAUCCGGGAUCUUCUGUUAAGUCUUCAAGUGCUUCGUAGGCUACCUACUUUUUAAUGAAGCUUUAGAAAUUACGUUCACUUUUAGCUUUGUUAGUCUUGUCUAGGCGGUGUUCAAGCACACAAAGACCAGUUCAUUUCAGUUCAAGUGGGCUUGGGCAUAAGCAUCAACUUGAUCCAAACGCUGAUUGUUCUGUGCCAUAGUUAUUCACGAGGAACGGACUGUACCUUGUGUUUCAGCAUGAUGCACUGCAGCCUGACCCAAUACUAAAUCUUUAGCUUACAUUAAUGCAUUCAUUCAUUCAUUUUGAAUUUUGAAACAUCUCCGUUGAAUGCAACUCACUUCAGAACACUUUAUUCAGCCUUUACUCACAUGAAAUCAUUUCAAAUGAAAAGACAAGCGGGGGUGAGACCAGAUAUGUCAAGAAAACCUGAGCUGGAUUUUUCCUUUUUAAGACAUUGUUUUUGUUUUUUACCCACACAAUGAUUGUGUGUUUGAGGCAAGGUGAACACACAGAACAUCUCUGUCAUUCUCUGUCUGUCAUGCUGAAUAAUCCUUAUUGUACAUUGUACAUAUAUGAAACAAAAUGCAUGACAAACCUGACAGUCGACACCACUAAACACAGGCCUUGAUCGCUUGGGGUUUGGUGUAGCGCUGUCACAAAGUCUAGAGGGAUGCAUGUUGGGUUUCUCUUGUGCAACCAUCAGUUCCAGUUCUGACCCUGCUUUAUAGUGACCUCCAAGUCUGUAUUCUGCUAUUUCAUGACUCAUCAAAGAAUGUACUAUGUGUGGUGGUAAUCCUAUGACACGGAGAAAUUUGAUUCGACCGGACUCGGAUCCUCAUUUGUCCUCCCGUUGUGAUCUUUCUCUUCCUGCUGUAGCAUCUUACCAUGUACAAGCACGUUUUCUCAUGAGAAAAAAACAAAAAAAAGUGUCCAACCCCUUUGUGCUGCACACUUGUCAAGGAAAAGAUCACAGGGCUCUUUCUCGCAAAGAUGGCAGUUGGGCAUGUGCACUUUUUUUGCGUUAGUGCACCUCAAGUUUCUGCUUCCCAGUAGGCCGCAUGACCCGAUACACACUAAGCAGGAUUGUAUCCCGUGUACUUUAUCACUCUUUGCGCUAGCUAUGCUCAAGUGACAUCACUUAUGAUUGUUUUUAUUUGUUGCCCUUUUUGUAUUGUUGCUUUUCUUGUCAGGUUUUGGGCCAUGUGAAGUGUUUUGUUUAUCCCUGCCCUGUUUUUUGUGCAAUGUUUAGUCCUCUAGUUGCUCCGCACUUUAUUUGUGACUUCCUGGCUUUUGAACCGGGACUUAUUUGCCUGAUUUGAAUGCUGACUGUUUCACACCAGAUAUAUAUACUCCGGAGAUAUUUUCAUGUCGAAGAAAAAAAAAAUAGAAUUCUCUAUUUUCCUUUUGUAAAUUCUAUUUCGACUUGUCUUGAUGUUGUGUUUUUAUUUUUUGGAUCUGUGAAGACUUUAGGGGAUGCAAAUAUAGAAAGGGCUUAUUUUGGUGCAGUUUGUGCUCUUGUGUUGCAAAAGAACGUCGUGCCGAAUGUAAUUCUUCUUUUCUCGUUGAACCCCUCUUGCCCCACCUGCACUAAAUCACCUCGAGCUUUAUGUUGUGGUUAUUCGUUCAAGUAAUGACAGUGCAACCCAAAAGAUAUUAUUGCAUAAAGAACUACCAGGACAAAAACUGCCAGAAUACAGUGCUGCAGUCUAGCUACAAAGUUAGCAAAAAUGUUUAUGAUGUCACAACAGCAUGCUUUAUAUAUCAUCUUGCUCCACGAGAUGCUUUCUGCAAGAAAACAGGUUAUGAUGUAUUUGUUCUAAAGGUUUUUAUCGAAGGUGCUCUUCAGCUUACUUACUGAUAGAACAUGUGAUUGAAUGAAUGAAUAAUGUGGAACAGACAAGUUAGGCAGCUAAUACUUCAAAGUUAGAAUAGUUUUGAUUUUGCAAAAGAUAACUUGUUUACCAGUCGUUUUGUCCCUUUUCUUUUUUUCAUUUUAAAAGAGGAAACCAUUAGUGACGUCGUGUAUGAAUUUUGCAAUAUUUGAUGGUUGUGGUGAAAUGCUGAUGAUAGCAAAGAGCAACCCUUCAGGCUCACGGGUAGGAACUGCAGAAUGGACGGAUCACCUUGAAAGUAUCGCUAUCUCGAUCUUUUGGCUUAUCUGUAUGCUUUGGUUUGAGAUGUCUUACCUGCAGGACUAUUUAGCACAAUAUGCCCUCAUUUUGGCUUCAAUUGUCAGAGAGUUGAAGGAUCUCAAAAAGCAAAGACAGGCAUUCUGUGUUUUGAAGGUGUAUCCUUCAGUCAGUCCUUAUUGCUUGUAUUUUAUUUCUUUUUUUGGUCUGAAUAAACCGUCCCUUUAAUUACAUGCAGUUUUCUAAAGAACUGUACAGUUAAUUGAAAAGUGUAAAAAGCUUCAGAAGUGCAGUUUAAGUUCCUCUUAUAGCUUCUAGUGAGAAUAGCAUUUGAUCACUGUUGUCCUGUGAGUCGUAAAUGAUCUCUAGGUAUUUAUUUGUUGCCGUGUGAUUCUCCUGUGACUGUUUGUUUAUAAGCUGAAAGAAAAUGUCAAUUAAAUUGAAUGUGGAUGACAA